CUGCCAGCUGUCACAGGUUAGCAGCUGUCGAAUUCGAAUGUCAGUCAAUUCUACAAAAUUAUAUAAGAAGUGGGAUUGAUCGAACGGAAAAGUUGCAGAAAUGGCAGACAAACCACCAAGUAGACCAAUGAAAUACCCUUACACAACUGCUGCUCAAAUAGCCCAAUUUCCAUUAAAAUUCCAUGUGAAGAACCAAUGGAUUUGGAAGUACUACUUCGUAUCACUAGUAGUCUGCUUUCCAGUUUUCUACAAAAUCAACAGUCUAGUGAACUCUCCUGGUAACGUAGAGAAAUGGGAAGCGGCUAAGAAGAAGGAACGGGAGGAAGCUGCCCACGGACACCACUAGUUCAGCUGGGUUAGAGGAAUACAAUAUGAAUGAUAGAUUCUAGCUUAUUAUUUAAGUCCAAGUGAAUAAAUUGUCGUGGGCCAA